GGAAACAAAAGGUGGAGGUUCACACAGAGUGAGGAAAGCGUCUAUCCUGUGGAGAGAAGCCGUGCUGUCAUUCAAAUCAGAAUGUUAACUCUCAUCUGGGUGAUUCUGCUCUUCGCUGACACAGGUUCUGGGACUCCUGAGUGUCUAAAGAACAAGAGCAUAAUCACACAAAGUGAUGAAAAUGUAUCAGCACAGGCUGGACUGUGUGUUGUUCUAGCAUGUUCUUUUACUACAGAUGGUAAUGUUGAAAAUAUAACUUGGUAUAAACAUGAUGGAAACAUAACUAAAACAAUAUUUGGCUCCAGUAACAAUAUGAAAACUGAACCUGAGUUUAAAGGGAGGGUGUCACUGUUGGAGGCUGACCUGAAAAAGAACUGCAGCAUCAUUAUCAAUAACCUCACCAAGUCGGACUCUGGAUCAUAUCACGCUGUCGCUAAGACAAAGACUCACUGCACACUGAUUGCAAACAUCACAGUCACAGUUACAGAGCUGAGUGAAAAGCCCACACUGGAGAUUCCUGAAAUAACAGAGGGAGAGCAGACUACACUGACCUGCAGCGCUCCUGGUCUCUGCUCUGGAUCCACUCCUAAUAUCACCUGGAUAUGGAGUGGAUCAGGACAAAACCUCUAUGAAAUCAAAAAACACAACACUGAAUUCCAGUCUGAGAAUAUGCCUGUCUUCAAGUCAACUCUGACCUUUAACGCUUCAACAAAACACAACGGUGGUCAGGUCACCUGUAAGGUCACCUUCAAAAAUGUCAAAACAAAUGAGACAAAAACUCUUAAUGUCAAGUAUGCAGCAAGAAUCUUGAAUAACUCUGCUUGUGUCGCUCAGUCAAAGGUUUUGACCUGUGUGUGUAUCAGUGAGGGUUUCCUUCACCCACCAUCAAAUGGCCACACUUAG